AUGGCUACUUCACUUAUCUCCAAGAGACUGCGUUCCUCCGAGGCUGCACCGGAGUCCGAACCCAGCUGGAUUCGGCGCCAGGUCACCUCCGGGCUGCAAUUCAUCUCUCGCCGGGCCUGUGUUCACCCCAUUCACACCAUUGUGGUGAUUGCCCUUCUCGCCAGCACGACCUACGUGGGUCUGCUGGAGGGCAGCCUUCUGGACACCGCUCGGAACCCCCGCAACGUUGCUGGUCAGGUGGACACCGAGACCCUUCUCCAGGGCAGCCGGAGCUUGCGCCUGGGAGAGUCGACCUCGUGGAAGUGGCAGGCCGAGGAAUCCUGGGCCGAUUCGACGCAAGCCGAAGAGCCCGCUGCCCGUCACUUGGCUUUGGCCACGUUCAUCUUCCCCGAUUCUACCUCCAAGUCUGGAUCGACCGCCCCGUCAGCCGACGAUGUCCCGAUUCCCGCCAAUGUCUCCGCCCACCCCGUUCCCCACACCCCCAAUCUGUUCUCGCCCUUCUCACACGAUUCAUCCCUGGCAUACACCGUUCCCUUCGAGCAGGUCUCUGAUCUGUUGAGGGCUGUGCAGGAGAUCCCUGAUCCGUCUGCCGACGAGGAGGAGGAGGAGGAGUCGAAGAAAUGGAUCAUGCGAGCUGCUCGUGGCGCUGCCAGCUCCCACAUGGCUCUCAAGCUGUGGCUGACGGAUGCAUGGAGCUCCUUCGUGGACCUCAUCAAGCACGCUGAGACCAUUGACAUUGUUAUCAUGGCUCUCGGCUAUAUCUCGAUGCACCUGAGCUUUGUGUCCCUCUUCUUCUCCAUGCGGCGUCUCGGCUCCAACUUCUGGCUUGCCGCUACAGUGCUGUUCUCUGGCUCCUUCGCUUUCCUGUUUGGCCUUUUGGUGACUACCAAGCUCGGUGUGCCGAUCAAUCUACUUCUACUUUCCGAGGGUCUUCCUUUCUUGGUGGUGACAAUUGGCUUUGAGAAGCCGAUCAUGUUCACUCGCGCCGUUUUGAGUGCCUCGGUGGAUAACCGUCGGCCUCGUCCUGGUGCCGCUCCUCGGCCUCUGACUUCGAGCACCUCCGGUUCCAUUCAAGACUCCAUUUCAACUGCAAUCAAGAAGCAGGGUUUCGAGAUUGUCCAGCACUAUUGCAUUGAGAUUGGCUUGCUUGCUAUGGGUGCUGCCUCUGGCGUACAAGGCGGUCUUCAGCAGUUCUGCUUCCUUGCGGCCUGGAUCCUGUUCUUCGACUGUGUGCUGCUGUUCACUUUUUACACCACCAUUCUCUGCAUUAAGCUUGAGAUUACUCGUAUCAGGCGCCACGUUGCCCUGCGCAAGGCCCUGGAGGAGGAUGGCAUCACUCACAGCGUGGCUGAGAACGUGGCUUCCAGCAACGACUGGCCGAAUGUGGGCUCCGACAGCAGCGAGGGUGACACCAGCAUCUUCGGACGUAAGAUCAAGUCUAGCAGUGUGCGCCGAUUCAAGAUCCUCAUGGUCGGUGGUUUGAUCCUCAUCAACGUUGUGAACCUCUCGGCCAUUCCCUUCCGGAAUACCGGCAACGGUGCUUUGAUCUCGCGUCUGUCUAACGUGAUGGCUCCUACCCCUAUCGACCCCUUCAAGGUCGGUGAGAAUGGCCUGGAUGCUAUCUACGUGGCUGCCAAGAGCCAGAAGCAGGAGACCAUGGUGACCAUUAUCCCACCGAUCAAGUAUAAGCUGGAGUACCCCUCCGUUCACUACGCUGCUGGUGAGGCUUCCAGCUCGUUUGACAUCGAGUACACCGAUCAGAUCCUCGAUGCUGUCGGUGGCAAGGUUCUCGAAAGUCUGCUCAAGAGCGUGGAGGACCCCUUCAUCAGCAAGUGGAUCAUUGCUGCUCUGACCCUCAGUAUCAUUCUUAAUGGCUAUCUUUUCAACGCUGCCCGCUGGAGUAUCAAGGAACCCGAGGCUGCCCCCGCUGCCCCCAACGAGCCGGUGGCCCCGAAGGUUUACCCUAAGUUUGAGCCCAACGAGCAGGAGUCGGACCGUUCUAUUGAAGAGUGCGAACUGAUGCUCAAGGAGAAGCGUGCGCCUCAUCUGACCGAUGAGGAGUUGAUCGCAUUGUCACUCAAGGGCAAGCUCCCCGGAUACGCUCUUGAGAAGACCAUGGAGGACGAGAACUUGAUGAGUCGCGUGGACGCGUUCACUCGAGCUGUCAGAAUCCGCCGCGCUGUGAUCGCCCGUACCCCGGCCACUUCUGCUAUCACCGGCUCUCUAGAGUCCUCCAAGCUUCCUUUCAAGGACUACAACUACGGCCUGGUUCACGGCGCCUGCUGUGAGAAUGUGAUUGGUUAUCUUCCCCUGCCUCUUGGUGUUGCCGGUCCGAUCAAGAUCGACGGCCAGGACUACUUCAUCCCCAUGGCCACCACUGAAGGUGUGCUGGUGGCCAGUACCAGCCGUGGCUCCAAGGCUAUCAACGCUGGUGGCGGCGCUGUUACUGUUCUGACCGGCGACGGUAUGACUCGUGGACCUUGCGUGACUUUCCCGACCCUGGCUCGGGCCGCCGCCGCGAAGGUUUGGAUUGACUCCGAGGAAGGCCGUAGUAUCAUCACCGCCGCUUUCAACUCAACUAGUCGCUUUGCUCGCCUGCAAAGUCUGAAGACCGCACUCGCUGGCACUUACCUCUACAUCCGCUUCAAGACUACCACCGGCGACGCCAUGGGUAUGAACAUGAUUUCUAAGGGCUGCGAGAAGGCCCUGGAUGUCAUGUCGAAGGAGUGUGGCUUCGAUGACAUGGCCAUCAUCUCACUUUCUGGUAACUUCUGUACCGACAAAAAGUCUGCUGCCAUCAACUGGACCGAUGGUCGUGGCAAGUCUGUCGUGGCCGAGGCCAUCAUCCCUGGUGACGUCGUCAAGAGUGUUCUUAAGAGCGAUGUCAAUGCCCUGGUGGAGUUGAACGUCAGCAAGAACUUGAUUGGAAGUGCCAUGGCUGGUAGCUUGGGCGGUUUCAACGCCCACGCCUCCAACAUCGUGUCCGCCAUCUUCUUGGCCACUGGCCAGGAUCCCGCCCAGAACGUUGAGAGCAGCAGCUGUAUUACUACCAUGAAGAACAACAACGGCAACCUCCAGAUCGCUGUGUCGAUGCCUUCCAUUGAGGUCGGCACCAUUGGUGGUGGUACCAUCCUCGAGGCCCAAGGCGCGAUGCUGGACCUGCUUGGUGUCCGGGGCGCUCACCCUACUACCCCUGGUGAGAACGCCCGCCAGCUGUCCCGUAUUAUCGCGGCUUCCGUCCUCGCCGGUGAGCUUAGUCUGUGCGCUGCUCUCGCUGCUGGUCACCUCGUCAAGGCCCACAUGGCCCACAACCGCAGUGCAGCUCCUACGCGGUCCUCGACUCCCGUGUCGGCCGCCGUUGGUGCUGCCCGUGGCCUUUCUAUGACCUCGAAAUAA